CUCUCCUGUGUUUGCCACUCGCCUUCUUCAUUCAUCUCUGCUCUUCCUUUACCUAACCCCAUGCUCCCUCCACUGCCCCUGACAAUCUCUCCCUCCCAUGGAGUUUGACCUCGAAAACCCCUUCCAACACUCUCACUCCGUUUCUUCCCUCUUCCUGGCUGAACCUGACCACAUCCCUUCCCGCCACUACUUCCUCACUCUCCACUCCGCUCACUUUCACCUCUCUCUGCGAACCCGUCUCAUCUCUCUCAUCUCUCAGCUGCCCUGUACCUUCGAUCCCCUCCUCUCCUACCUGGCUAUCAACUAUCUGGAUCGCUUUCUCGCCUCCCAAGUCACACUGGAGCAAAAGCCAUGGACCCUCAAGCUCCUUGCAGUAUCAUGCUUAUCUCUAGCUGCCAAGAUGAUAAAAACAGAGUUUUCCGUCACCGAUGUCCAGGCCUUUCUGAAGCAGGGUGACGGCGGUAUCAUCUUUGAAACACAAACAGUACAGAGAAUGGAAGCUUUGAUCUUGGGAGCUCUCCAAUGGCGAAUGCGUUCCAUCACCCCCUUCUCUUUCAUUCCUUUCUUCAUCACCUUGUUCAUGCUCAAAGACCCGCCGUUGAGGCAAGUUCUGAAGGAUCGAGCCGCCCAAAUUAUAUUUAAAUCACAGAGAGAGAUAAAGCUUUUGGAAUUCAAGCCUUCCAUAAUUGCUGCAUCGGCCCUCUUGUAUGCUUCUCAUGAGCUGUUUCCCUUUCAAUAUCCGUGCUUUCUCUCGGCAAUUUCAGACUGCCCACACGUAAAUAAAGAAACCAUGUUGCAGUGUUACAACGUGAUACGAGACAUUGCAAUGGAGGGGUACGAGUCUGUGUUGGACAUGGUUUCCAGUUCAGACACUCCGGUUAAUGUAUUGGACCAUCAUUUUCUGAGCUCAGAAAGCGAAAGAACCGACGGAAAUCCCGCUGCUGCCACGACCCUUAGACAAGAGAAAGAUCUCAAGAGAAGGAAAAUUAACGAUUGCGGUGACAAUCUUACGGCUCACAUCUCUCAGGCUUAACUGGCACGUGUCCUGAACGGAGUUAGAUACGAUUAAUCCUCUGCUUCAUCCUACAGCAACUCUGUCAUCAGUCCUAUUUCGUUUGAAUUGCUUAUCAAAAAAAGGGUAAUAUGAAUGGGCGCAAGAAAAGGAAAAGAGAAGGUUGAUGGACCAUAUCAGAACGUUCAUGGACAAAAUCACUGUAACAUGAUCCUUGUACGACCUAUGAAAAUCUGCUAGCAGAGGCUGAGAAAUGGAGGGGGUAGAGGAUAAGAGGGGAUUUUUCUUUCUUUCUUUCUUUUCUUUUUUUGUUUUUUGUUUUCCUCUGGCUCUCCUAGAGACCAAACAAAAGACAAAAUUUAACUUUGAAUUGUAGGGUUGAAUUUUCUUUCUGUGUUUUGUAGUUAAGUGUGGUCGUGUCUCUUAGCUUCUGGCAGGGAAUAAUAGUAACUAUAAUAGCAAAGAGACAAUCUUCUUGGGAAUAAAAAAUCGAGUACUUUCAUGUCA